CCCGACGGCACCGGAGAGAGACCGCGGAGCUGUCAAGAUGGUGCUGAGCGACGACGACAAGGCCCACGUGAGGGCCAUCUGGGGCGAAGUGAGCAGCCACGGCGAGGCGAUGGGCGCCGAGGCGCUGCACAGGAUGUUCCUGGCCAACCCGGCCAGCAAGACCUACUUCCCCCACUUCGACAUGAGCCCCAACUCCGGCGACAUCCGGGCGCACGGCAAGAAGGUGGUGGGCGCGCUCACGCAGGCCGUCAACAACCUGGACAACAUCGCCGGCGCCCUCUCCAAGCUCAGCGACAAGCACGCCCAGGAGCUGCGCGUGGACCCCCGCAACUUCGACAAGCUGCGCCUCUCCAUCCUGGUCACCAUCGCGGCUCACCACGAAGGCCACCUGCAGCCCGAGGUGAUCGUCUCCCUGGACAAGUUCCUGACUCGCGUGAGCAAAGUCCUGACCUCCAAGUACCGCUAGACGGCAGGAGACCCGCCAGGCCCAGCGCCGGAGCAGCGCCCCUCGCUCGCCCCCUCCGACCCCCUUUCUCUUCCCCCCCCUCCCGCCUGCAAUAAAGCUGCUCUUGGCCGCGAAA